CCAUGGAGCUUAUGCAACUGCCGUAGAACUGAAGACAAAGUAUACCCAAAUAAACAGCACAAAUUCAAGUACAACUUCCAUAGGAGCAACAUAUUUCAUGACCUACCACAGUUUACAGAAAAACUUUAGAGAUAAUAUUGAGGCAUUGAAAUAUGCUAGGAAACUCUCUGACAACAUAACUGCUAGUAUAUUAGCUGAAAGAUACCACAAUAUUACCCCAGGAACUGAUAAAACAUACAAGGUGUUCCCAUACAGUAUCUUCUAUGUAUUCUAUGAGCAGUACCUUACAAUUGUACAUGAUACCAUAAUCAACUUGAGUACAUGUGUUGGCUCCAUCUUUGCCAUCUCAUUCAUUUGCCUGGGCUUAGAUUGGUAUUCAUCCAUUAUCAUCACCUUUGUGAUUGGUUUGAUACUGUUGUCUAUGUUUGGCAUGAUGUUCCUGUGGAAUAUCUAUCUCAAUGCGAUAUCACUCAUCAACUUGGUCACGUGUGUUGGUAUAUCAGUUGAGUUCUGUUCACAUUUAGUUCGAGCAUUUGCGAUCAGUGUGCAUGAAACACGAGUGCUUAGAGCUAAACAUGCACUGGCUCACAUGGGAGGUUCAGUGCUGAGUGCAUUAAUUAUGCUAGC